GGCCGCGCCGCGCAGCACCGCGCAGCACCGCGCCGAGGGCAGCCGCGCCGCGAUGCCGCUCUACGAGGGCCUGGGCAGCGGCGGGGAGAAGACGGCCGUGGUGAUAGACCUGGGCGAGGCCUUCACCAAGUGUGGUUUUGCAGGAGAAACUGGACCAAGAUGUAUUAUUCCUAGCGAAAUAAAGAAAACUGAUGUCCCCAAGCCUAUCAAAGUUGUUCAAUAUAAUAUUAAUACAGAAGAAUUAUAUUCCUACCUGAAGGAAUUUAUUCAUAUGCUGUAUUUCAGACAUCUGUUGGUGAAUCCAAGAGACCGUCGUGUUGUGAUCAUAGAGUCUGUCUUAUGCCCUUCGCACUUCAGAGACACGCUCACAAAAGUCCUUUUCAAGCAUUUUGAGGUACCUUCUGUUUUGUUUGCUCCAAGUCAUCUAAUGUCUCUCCUGACGCUUGGGAUCAAUUCUGCCAUGGUGUUGGACUGUGGAUAUGCAGAAAGCUUGGUGCUGCCUAUAUAUGAGGGAAUACCAAUUCUGAGCUGCUGGGGUGCUCUUCCUUUGGGAGGAAAGGCCAUCCACAGGGAGCUGGAAUAUCAGCUGUUGGAGCAAUGCACAGUUGAUACAGGAUUAGCCAAAGGACAAAGCCUUCCAUCUGUGAUGGGCUCAGUUCCAGAAGACAUAGUCGAGGAUAUAAAAGUCCGCACUUGUUUUGUGAGUGAUCUCCAGCGUGGACUGAAAAUCCAAGCAGCAAAGUUCAAUAUUGAUGGCAGUGCUGAGCGUCCUUCCCCGCCUCCAGAUGUGGACUAUCCAUUAGAUGGAGAGAAGAUUCUGCAUGUGGUUGGCUCUGUCAGAGACUCAGUUGUCGAAAUACUGUUUGAACAAGAUAAUGAAGAGAAAUCUGUUGCCACUUUAAUCUUAGAUUCACUCAUUCAGUGCCCGAUAGACACCAGGAAGCAGCUGGCAGAAAAUUUGGUAGUUAUUGGUGGCACUGCUAUGUUGCCGGGAUUCCUGCACAGGCUAAUGGCUGAAAUCAGAUACCUGGUAGAGAAACCAAAAUACAAAGAAGUGCUUGCCACUAAGACCUUCAGGAUUCACACUCCACCUGCCAAACCCAACUGCGUGGCAUGGUUGGGAGGAGCCAUUUUUGGAGCACUUCAGGACAUACUUGGGAGCCGUUCUGUGUCCAAAGAGUAUUACAGCCAAACAGGACGCAUACCUGACUGGUGCUGUCUCAACAAUCCUCCACUGGAAAUGAUGUUUGAUGUUGGAAAAGCACCGCCACCGUUGAUGAAGAGAGCUUUUUCUACUGAGAAAUGAACAUCUUAGUGCUACGCAAGAGUUCUUUGUCUAUUUCAAGUACAUAUAUACACAGUAGAUUUUUUUUUUUUUGUAUUAAGUAGGUUGUGUGUAACACUUAAAAAUGACUAAUGUGGAUGUUUCUUGGGAGCGUGGUGGUCGAUAAUAACACAGUACUGUGGAACUGUAUCCGAUUAUAGUUUAGAAACUUAGGCAAGUAACAUGGUAUUUUGUCCUCCUCCGAGGAAAUUGUCUGUAGUCAUGAGUUGUUAAUUUGUUUGUUAUUUAUCUGUACAGUAAAUUACAUUGUUGAGAGAAUUUGUUUUAAGACAUUUUUAUUUUAAAUAUGCUUAGAAGAAUGAAGGACAGUCUGCUACAGGGAACACCUAUGAACGUUUUUUCUGCCAAACCCUGCAGAAAAUAUUUUACCCAUGAAGUAAUUUGGAUCACAUGUGAGAAUCUCUGGUUUUGGUCUGUUUAGCAAAAGGUGCUGGAGUAGUACUUUCCCUGGACAGAGUCCUGUUUUCAAAGAUUUAGCAGAAGACUUUUCUGCCUUAAAUUGUCACACAGGGCUGAGCUAGCAACUCUCCGCAUAUCUCUGCUCCAAGAAACGAUUCAACCAUUUAAGAAUUACAAAUAGAGAUGCAAGGAGAACUUAACCGUCUUACUGAAAUGUCACAUUUAGCAGUCAGUUGUUUCUCUUCCUUCCCCCCCCCAUUAAAAAUACUAAAAUUCUUUGUCCUGCAGCACUAUCUGUUAAAUGAAAAUGCAGAGCAGAGCUCUGACAGCUACUGUGCGAUAACUAUUGAUAUGGAGCCCAUAAGCAAUAAAACACUUUGUUUCUGCU